AUGCCUGGUCAUUUUUCGGAAGCAAUCACUCUCAUGCAAGCAUCUGCUGUUUACCUGGGCAGCGUUAGUGGGCGUGUCCUAUCCACACUGCCUACAGUAGUGAGCGCUGUCACGCCCCCUAUAUACAACCACCUGCGAGAAAUAAUGUUUCGGACGAGUCAAGUGAUCAAAGAACGGCUGCUGCAAAAUACUCACGAGUUCGCCGAGAAGAAGGAGCCCGUUGUGGUUGUUCCUGUUUUGGAGAGACUAGAAUUUUACGCCGUCGGUGCUCUCUGGGCAGUCCUUGCCCUUUUUCAGCUGAUUGCUUUUUGGUUUUGGAAUGCCAAAAAAUACUUCGCCAGAAAGAAGCGCGACAAACCGGCGCCCAACUGCCUCACCGAUUCCUCGCUUGGCACGCAUUCCUACAUCAAGUUGAAGGGCGCCAAAUUGCAUUAUGUUGAAGCUGGAGAUCGUAACCAACCUUUGAUGAUCUGCCUUCAUGGGUUCCUGGACUGCUGGAUUGGAUGGAGGUUCCAGAUUCCAACUAUGGCUCAGAAUUUUCGGAUUGUGGCAGUUGAUUUGAAAGGAUAUGGUGAUUCUGAAAAGCCAUUGUCAAGAGGAAAAUACGAGAUUGAACAAGUUGUCGAGGAGUUGGCGGAAUUCAUCACUGCAGUUGCUGCGGAUAGAAAAGACCAAAAAUGCGUCUUGGUCGGCCAUGACGUUGGUGCCCUUGUUGGCUGGUUCUUGGUUUAUUCCCAUCCAGAACUCAUCAGCCGCUUCGUCAGCAUUUCUUGUCCCCACCCAAAUGUGUUCUGGAACUUGCUUGAGAGCACUGCGCUGUUCAACAAAAAGAUGGUGCAACAGAGCCAGUUUCCUGAAAUCAUGGAGCGAUGCCUGAUGCUGAAUGAUUUAGCUAUAAUUGACUCAGUGCACAGCCACGUUCAGGCCCAUCCAAACUCAGGAGUCGUCUCCAAAGAAACCUACAAAUUUGUCUUCUCGAGAAAAAUGGAUUGGACAGGUGCUUUGAACUACUACCGCACUCUGUGGAAGGCCCGGAUCAACCCUGAGCUGGUCGGCAAGUUGGAUGUACCCCUCUUGCUAAUUGUUGGCGACAGAGAGCAGUCCUUCUCGUUGGAGACAGCCAUUCGGUCGACAGAACUCGAACCCAAACUGGUUGUCAGGGUGGUGAACGGUGCCGGCCACGCCCCUCACCAAGAAGCAGUGCCGCAGGUCAACAAGCUGCUCCUCACCUUUCUAGCAGUUACAGACAGCCAGCCUGGGUUCAGGAUUUCAGCGAUGAAAAGCUCGAUCGUGGAGCCGGAACAAAACGGAAUUGUCAACAGAAUGAUUGGAGCUCUGAAUUCGACCUACAGCUUUGGCAACCAGAUGCUCGAGCAGGUCACCAGGAAAAAAGACCCUCUAGCCUUGCCAUACCGCACCCGUGGCUGCAAUACCCAACUCGCUCCUCGAUGAUACUUUGGAGCAUCAGGGAAAUGUUAUUGUGAUCAAUGUAAAGUUUUGUGACCUAUAUUUUUGUACCGCGUCUUUUGCAAAGCGAUAUUCUGCAAAAGCAGAAUUUCGCUUGUUGAAUCUCGAAGAUUCCUAUUUUUCAGAUAUCUAUACUAUACACUCACAUCACAUAAUGUUAUGUUUCCAAUUAAAGUGCUAUUGUUGUUUUGAAAAA